AUGGCGACUCGACGGUACUCUGGAAUGCAGGGAGGCCCCCCUGAGCCCAUCGUAUUGCUUCGUGGACGCAGCAACUCCACCAAUCUUGGAGGCGAAGCGCCGCUUUCGCCAGGCAAAGCUGGCAAGCCUGCAGAGGAGCCACCUCCUAAGAAACGCCGUCAGGAACCACCUGCCAGAGAGCGGCCAGUGGAAGGUCAGCCGUGGCCCUAUCGCGACUCGUUAUCUUUCACCCGUUCCUUGGUUUUCUAUGGUACUGGAUCCGUUACGGAGGAACAUGUCCGAGCCUGCAAACACAUUCAGACGUGCCGGUCCCUCCGCAAGAAAUACUGUGGACAGCAGGGUGCCCAAGUCAACCGAGCACUCUUGUUGGACCACCAGAAAUUGUCAUUCCGCAUGGGAAAAUCAGGCAUUGUGGAAAUUCUUCACGAAUCCAAUCCUGAGGUCAAUAUUUGCGUGGUCCCCAGCAUUGAAGAGUUCAACAAGGAUUAUGAUUCUGUGGUCAGCUGCAUUUCCGAAGGAGCCAUGCGUUCCUUUUGCUUUCAGCGACUACAAUUGCUUUCGACUGCUUUCAAAAUGCACACCACCAUGAACACACAGGUGGAAACGGAGGAACAGAGCAAUCUACUUGGAACUGAUUUCUACCGAACCAUGAAAAUUGACAAUCACAUUCACGCGGCGGCGGCCAACAGUGCCAAACAGUUUGUCGAUUUUGUCCGCAACAAACUCAAAUGUGAAGGCGAUACUGUGGUCCUGGGAAAUGGCAAAACGUUGCGCCAGGUGUAUCAAGAAGCCGGUCUCGACUCGGACCAUCUCACCAUUGAUGCCUUUAACGUUCUGGCCGAUUAUUCCGUCUAUCAGAGGUUUGACAACUUUAAUGACAAGUACAGUCCCUUCAAAAUGGCCGAUAUGAGGAGAAUCUUUCUCAAGACAACCAACUACAUCAAUGGUCGAUACUUUGCCGAGCUACUCAAGAUUGUUUUGAGCCGUCUGGAAAAUGAAAAGGGACACAAUUCUGCCUCCGAGAUGAGGCUGAGUAUAUAUGGGAUGGAGCCGCAUGAGUGGUAUGAUCUCUCCAAGUGGCUGCUGACCGACUGGAAGUUAAAAGAUUUUCCAGGCAACAUGCUGUCCACUGACAAUCGUUGGAUCAUUCAGAUCCCAAGACUUUGGCGAGUCUACAGCAAGAAGCAUCAGGAGCGAAAGCCUUCAUUCGGUGAAAUGCUUGACAACAUAUUUGUUCCAAUGUUUGAGGCGACUUUGCACCCUGACAAGCACCCUGAAAUCGCCAAGGCUCUCAUGCACAUUGUAGCGAUUGACUCGGUGGACGACGAGGGAGCAGCAGAGGAAUCUCUGUCGGCUGACAAUCCAUCGGAUUGGAAGUCUGAAAAGAAUCCAUCCUAUGCCUGGCAAUGCUACUAUAUCUGGGCGAACAUCUGUGUCUUGAACAACGUGCGAAAGUCCAAGGGCUUGAAUAUCAUCACGUUCAGACCACACGCGGGUGAAACAGGAGAUGUCUUGCACCUUGCAGCAACCUACAUGCUAUGCGAAUCCAUCAAUCAUGGAAUUAACCUGGAACAUCAAGUCAGCUUGCAGUACUUGUACUUUCUGGAUCAGGUUGGGUUGUCCAUCUCUCCGUUAUCAAACAACUUUCUCUUUCGGAAGAUCAAGGACAACCCUUUCCCCAAACUCUUUCGCCGUGGUUUAAAUGUGACAUUGUCCACAGACGACCCCCUCCUUUUCCACAUGUCUGACGACGCCCUUCUGGAGGAGUAUUCUGUUGCACGAGCGAGCUUUGACCUUUCCAUGACGGAUAUGAUGGAGAUUGCACGUAACAGCAUUCUCCAGUCAGGUUUUGAAGACGACUUCAAGAAGAAAUGGCUUGGUGAACACUACAAGAAGGGGGUGACUUUUUGUGACGAGCGCAUCACACAUGUGCCUUUGAUUCGAGCAAAGUACCGAGCAGAGCACCUCGCUAUCGAACACAUGUUUUGCCACCUCAUUGCUGCUGGCAAAGGUGACCGAGUAUUGGAAGAAAUGAAGAUUCAGUUCGGUCUCGCACGAGAUGCGCACAGGAAUUGUCUAUUCGACAGCUUUGAAGAAGUGCCAACCUUCCCCGAGCGCAGCUCGUUGUAG